GUUCCAUUUAGACACAAACCAUUGGCUCCAUUCCCUGUCAUACUGUGUACCCAUCUUCUUCCCUUAACUUUCAAUCGACGCCUCCUUCAUCACUUGGCUAGUUGUGUUGUCUCUCUCCCUCCCUCCCUCCCUCUGCAAAUGCUUCAAUCUGUAGUUAGGACUCUGUAGGCUGAUAAAGGCAACGCUCAUGUCGCUGGAUACGAGGAUGCAGGGUUUUUUGCUUCAUUUUGUUCUUGCUUCCUUUGUCUUCUUGAGCUCUGUCAGAGAUGGGAGAGCGGGGAUUACUAGUUCCUUCAUUAGGUCAGAGUGGCCAUCUGUUGACAUUCCCCUUAAUCAUGAAGCAUUUGCAGUUCCAAAGGGUUAUAAUGCGCCUCAGCAAGUGCAUAUCACACAAGGUGACUAUGAUGGAAAAGCAGUAAUCAUCUCAUGGGUGACCCCAGAUGAACCCGGGUCCAGCAGUGUACAAUAUGGCACAUCUGAGAAUAAAUUUGAAGCCAGUGUGAAAGGCACAGUUUCAAACUAUACUUUCUACAAAUACAAGUCUGGUUACAUUCAUCAUUGCCUUAUUGAAGGCCUUCAGUAUAAGACUAAAUAUUACUACAGAAUUGGAAGUGGUGAUUCUUCUCGAGAAUUUUGGUUUGAAACACCUCCCAAAGUUGAACCAGAUGCGCCCUACAAAUUUGGGAUCAUUGGUGAUUUGGGCCAAACAUUCAAUUCUCUUUCAACUCUUGACCACUAUAUACAGAGUGGAGCACAGGCAGUCUUAUUUCUUGGAGAUCUUUCUUACGCCGAUAGGUACCAGUACACUGAUGUUGGUUUACGGUGGGAUACAUGGGGCCGAUUUGUUGAAAAAAGUACAGCCUAUCAGCCAUGGAUAUGGUCUGCCGGAAAUCACGAAAUAGAUUACAUGCCUUACAUGGGAGAAGUUGUUCCUUUCAAGAACUAUCUUCACCGUUAUACUACCCCUUAUUUGGCCUCCAAAAGCAGCAGCCCCCUCUGGUACGCAAUCAGGCGUGCGUCUGCUCAUGUAAUUGUACUAUCCAGCUAUUCGCCAUUUGUUAAGUACACACCUCAAUGGAAGUGGCUCGAGGAGGAGCUGAAGCGGGUUGAUAGGGAGAAGACACCUUGGCUCAUUGUUCUCAUGCACGUGCCACUCUACAACAGUAAUGAAGCUCAUUAUAUGGAGGGUGAAAGCAUGCGAGCAGUAUUUGAGAGCUGGUUCAUCAAAUACAAAGUUGAUGUGAUCUUUGCUGGCCAUGUUCAUGCAUAUGAAAGAUCAUAUCGAAUCUCCAAUAUAGAAUACAACAUAACAAGUGGUAAUCGGUAUCCCGUCCCUGACAAAUCAGCACCUGUUUACAUAACAGUGGGAGAUGGAGGAAAUCAAGAAGGUCUUGCUUCAAGAUUUAUGGAUCCACAGCCAGAAUACUCUGCGUUUCGAGAAGCCAGCUUUGGACAUUCCACAUUGGACAUAAAAAAUAGGACCCAUGCUGUCUACCACUGGAACCGCAAUGAUGAUGGCAAGAAAGUGCCAACUGAUUCUUUCGUAUUGCAUAACCAGUAUUGGGGAAGCAAUCGGAGAAGAAGAAAACUGAAUAAGCAUUUGCUACUGACGGUUAUUGAUGAAGUUGUCAGCAUGUAAUAGGAACUUGAAGCACUCUCGUUCUUGGCAUUGUGAAAAGAAUAACAAGGACCCCCCUUAUUAAUAUAUGCAGCUCAAUUGUCUCCGAGUGAGCGAAAUGCAGGUCAUCAAAAUGGUUCUAUGUUCUUAGCUUGUAUGCUUGUAUUCUUUCAAUACGAACAAGUAUUAAACAUACAUGCUUGUAGCAGGAACAAAAAGUUGAGACCAAUAUAUUCUUCAUUUGUUUUA